CCCAUCCUCUCAUACUACCGGUGAACUAUGAGAGUUACCACCGGCAGCGGUGUCCCUAUAAGGGCACAUCUAUGGCCUAUAGUAAUUGCAUUAACGGUCUUUGGUGUUGCUAACCUCAUAGCUGUUUCGGCCGAUCCUUAUAUCUAUUCUUCACCACCACCUCCAUAUGUGUACAAGUCUCCACCACCACCAGUACAUUCACCACCACCACCAUAUUUGUACAAGUCUCCACCACCACCCGUACACUCACCACCACCACCAUAUUUGUACAAGUCUCCACCUCCACCGGUACAUUCACCACCACCACCAUAUUUGUAUAAGUCUCCACCACCACCCGUACAUUCACCACCACCACCAUAUUUGUACAAGUCUCCACCUCCACCGGUACAUUCACCACCACCACCAUAUUUGUACAAGUCUCCACCACCACCGGUACAUUCACCCCCACCACCAUACUUGUAUAAGUCUCCACCACCACCCGUAUACUCACCACCACCACCAUAUUUAUACAAGUCUCCACCUCCACCAGUGCAUUCACCACCACCACCACCACCAUAUUUGUAUAAGUCUCCACCACCACCCGUACAUUCACCACCACCACCAUAUUUGUACAAGUCUCCACCACCACCCGUACAUUCACCACCACCACCAUACGAGUACAAAUCUCCACCUCCACCGGUACAUUCACCCCCACCACCAUACAAAUAUAAAUCUCCACCUCCACCGGUACAUUCACCCCCACCACCAUACAAAUAUAAAUCUCCACCUCCACCGAUACAUUCACCCCCACCACCAUACUUGUAUAAGUCUCCACCACCACCCGUACACUCACCACCACCAUCAUAUUUAUACAAGUCUCCACCUCCACCGGUACAUUCACCACCACCACCAUACUACUACAAGUCUCCUCCUCCUCCAGUGCAUUCUCCACCACCACCUUACUACUACAAAUCCCCACCACCACCAACAAAGUCUCCCCCACACUACUACUACACCUCUCCACCACCACCAACACCCUACAACCCCGUCCCGUACCCUCACCACAAGAAAGUCAUCGUGAAGGUCGUGGGUAAAGUUUACUGCUACAGCUGCUAUGACUGGAAAUAUCCAAUUCAAUCACACGCCAAGCACCACCUCAAAGGUGCUGUUGUCGAGAUCACUUGCAAGGCUGCUGGCGAGAAAGAAAUUUGUGCAUAUGGGAAGACAAAGAUCAAUGGCAAAUAUGCAAUUACUGUCGAGGGUUUGGACUAUUCCAAAUAUGGAGGAGCUAAAGCUUGUACCGCUAAGCUUCAUAUGGCACCAAAUGGAACCAAAUGUAACAUUCCAACAAAUCUUCAUGGGGGUUUGAAGGGUGCUGAGCUCAUGGUCAAGUCCAAAAAUGCUUAUGAGAUUGUCCUUGAAGCUAAACCAUUUGCAUAUGCUCCUAAGACCCCUUCUAAGAUUUGUGAGAAGCCAAAGCCAAAACCAGAGCCCACUCCUUCUCCAUAUUAUUACAAAUCUCCGCCACCACCACCACCGACUUACUUAUACAAGUCACCCCCUCCACCCGUAAAGUCUCAUCCAGUGUACCACUACACAUCACCCCCACCACCUAAGAGAUCACCACUUCCUCCAUAUCACUACACAUCUCCACCCCCGUCGGUUAAAUCACCACCACCACCAUAUCACUACACCUCACCACCACCACCUGUGAAGUCUCCUCCUAUAUACCACUACACAUCACCUCCACCACCAAAAAAAUCACCACCUCCCCCAUACCAUUAUACAUCUCCUCCCCCGCCCAUUAAAUCUCCACCACCACCAUACCAUUACACUUCACCUCCACCACCAGUGAAGUCUCCUCCUAAGUACCACUACACAUCACCCCCACCGCCUAAGAAAUCACCACCUCCCCCAUACCACUACACAUCACCACCACCACCAGUGAAAUCUCCACCACCACUAUACCAUUACACUUCACCACCACCACCAGUGAAGUCACCACCCCCACCUUAUCACUACACAUCACCUCCACCACCAGUGAAAUCUCCUCCCCCACCAUAUCACUAUACUUCACCACCACCACCGAUAAAAUCCCCACCACCACCAUACCACUACACUUCACCACCCCCACCCAUAAAAUCCCCUCCACCGACUUACCAUUACACAUCACCUCCACCCCCCGUUAAAUCUCCACCACCCCCAUACCACUACACAUCACCUCCACCACCGGUUAAAUCCCCACUACCACCUAACCACUAUAAAUCACCUCCACCACCAGUGAAAUCUCCACCUCCCCCAUACCAUUACACCUCACCUCCACCUCCAGUUAAGUCCCCACCACCGCCAUACCACUACACCUCACCUCCACCACCAAUUAAAUCUCCACCACCACCUUACCAUUACACUUCACCUCCUCCACCCGUAAAAUCCCCAUCACCAACAUACCACUACACAUCGCCUCCUCCACCAGUUAAAUCUCCACCACCACCUUACCAUUACUCUUCACCUCCACCACCAAUUAAGUCCCCACCACCACCAUACCACUACACAUCACCUCCACCACCAGUUAAAUCCCCACCACCACCUUACCAUUACUCUUCACCUCCACCGCCUGUGAAAUCUCCACCACCUCCUUACCAUUACAUUUCACCUCCGCCACCAGUUAAGUCCCCACCGCCACCAUACCAUUACACAUCACCUCCACCACCGGUUAAAUCCCCACCACCUCCUUACCAUUACACAUCACCUCCACCACCUAUGAAAUCUACACCACCCCCUUACCGUUAUAUUUCGCCUCCACCAUUUGUUAAAUCCCCACCCCCACCAUACCAUUACUCGUCUCCUCCACCACCAAUGAAAUCUCCACCACCUCCAUACCACUACAUAUAUCUCCCUCCUUUAAUAAAAUCACCACUACCACCUGUAUACAUCUAUAAUUCUCCUCCACCCCCGGUUCAUUAUUAGACUCCCAUAAGCUCAUUGUCAGCAACCUAAAAUCAUAAUUUACUUCAUGUACGAGUUCAAUAAAAGAAGGAUCCUUGAAGAGACAAUUGGAAACUAGUUCAAACGCACUCAUACCUUUCAAAUAAGUUAUUCAACAUUACACUACAGAGCAACAGUCUUUUAUAUUGGAACAAUUUUCUUUCUAAUGUGUGGUUUUGGUCAUCCUAUCUACGAUGAAAUAGUUUGAAGGGUUAUACAUUGAAAAAAAAAACAAGUACAACUACAGGUUACGUUUGGAAGAUGGUGAUAAUAGUGUUGUGGCUUGAAUAUUUUUUCCUAUAUCUAAUUUAUUAUUGUAUAAUUUACGUAAGUGUUAGCACUUUAAUAUUUAUAUAUGAUUGAUUGAUGUUUUCAUUUCAUUUCAUUAGUGGUAUU